AUGACUGAUUGUUAUGAAGCCGCCACCCUGCCAAUCGUCAUCAAAGCUGAUGUCGAGGAUGAAAUCGUCGAGGACUACACUGACAAGGACUACACAGACGAGGAAUAUAUCGACGACGAUGAGAGCGAUGAAGAUCACGACGAAGAUCACGUUAUGUCUCUCCCAGAAACUCAUCAUUCUGAAAACCUGGCCCCUCCGAGCAACAAUAACCAGGCUCCACCCGCACAACCAUCCGACACUCCUCCCCAUCCGACACCAAUGGCCAUCAUCGUUUUCCUUCGUUCAGCGACCGCGAAUCGCGGCGGUGUUUAA